AUGACGGUCAGCUGCCAGUCUCAGAACUUCUCGGCGGUGCCGGCCGGCAUUCCCUACGACAGCCAGAGAGUAUUCCUCCAAAACAACCGCAUCACAGAGCUGCGGGCGCAGUCCUUCAGCUUCGUCUUGCCCUUCUCCCCCACCUCUCUCUCUACCUCUCAUCAGGUCCUGUGGCUGUACUCCAACAACAUCAGCUCCAUCAAACCCGAUUCCUUCAGCGACAUGCGAGAUCUGGAGGAGCUGGACCUGGGGGAUAACCCCUCCCUGCGCACCCUCCAUCCUGACUCCUUCCGGGGGCUGGACAAGCUGCAGAGCCUGCACAUAUACCGCUGCCAGCUGGGGACCCUGCCCGGAAACAUCUUCAAAAAACUCUACAGCCUGCAGUUCCUUUACCUGCAGGACAACCUGCUGCAACACAUCCAGGACAAUCUCUUCUCAGACCUGGUGAAUCUCACUCACCUCUUCCUCCACGGCAACCAAAUCCGAGUCCUGUCUGAAAAUGUCUUCAGAGGGCUGGUCAACCUGGACAGGCUCCUCCUCCACGAGAACCGAGUGCGACAGGUCAACCACAAAGCCUUCAGGGACCUGGGUCACCUCACCACCCUCUUCCUCUUCAACAACGCCCUAACAGACCUCCCUGCUUCGGCCCUAUCCGAUCUCUCGUCCCUGCAGUUCCUCAGACUCAACGGAAACCCCUGGAGCUGCUCCUGCCAGGCCCGCCCUCUCUGGGAAUGGUUCCGUCAGGUCUGGAUCUCCAGCUCCGAGCUCCUCUGCGCCGGUCCCGAGGAGAGGAAAGGUCUAGAUUUGAGGUUCUUGAGAGAAAUCGAUUUCGCUCCCUGCCCCAUGAUGCCUUACUAUCCGAGAGCCCGCGUCACUUACACCUUCAGCACCAGAAAGAGAUGGUGGUUCCCCAAAUCGGGCAAGGCAAGCGGUGGGAAUUCGGACAAAUCUAAAGGCUUGGAUGGAAAGAAAGGACAACAGCAAGACAACAGUUACAUCAGUCCAGAUAAAAGUCAAACCAAAAGUUACGAAGCUGAGUCCACAUUGACGAAAGUUAAAGAGCAAGACUACUGGGAGAAAUAUGAAAACGAAGACUCCACUAUUCGUUGUUACAAGUUGGAUUGUUUGAAAGAAGCAAACGGGAAAUCCAGAGGCGUUUGUCCAGACGCGUCCCUCUUUCUCCUCUCUCUCUCCCUCACUCUCACCCUCUCCCUCUCUCUCACCCUUCACUUUCUUAUUCCUGAAACCAUGUGA